UUCUUGCUGUCAACAAGGUCAUUGAUGCCACUUCUUUGGCUUGUUUUGUUACAUAUAGAGGCAAGCCAUGUCUGUGGUGAUACCAUCGCAACAGUUUCUCUUCUGCUCUUUUCUCUUCCGUCUCUAGAGAAAAGCAAACCACUACACCUUCCACUACAGCCAUGGCUUACCACAUCAGAUCUGCUAGUGUUCCUUCCAGCCCUCGCUCCAAUGAAAUCGACGUCGAAGAACAAUUGCAGAGCUUGAAGGCAACAACCUCUUCAUCCUCUGCGACCAUUGGAACCAUGUGCGAUGGUUUGAGAAAGCUUGGAGAAGUCUACAGCUGCAUCGGCGAGCUUGUGUGCUUACCCAGCAGCCAAGUUACACAGCAGAGGAAAGCAGUGGAGCAAGAGCUCGAGCAAUCCCUCGCCGUCCUUGAUCUCUGCAGCGUUAUGCAAGAAAGCUUCUCUGAGCUCAAGGAAACCAUCCUCGACAUGCAGUCGGUUCUUAAGAGAGGAGAUCAUACAGCUGUCCAAGCCAAGAUCCAGUCCUACAUCCGCGUGGCCAAGAAGGCGCAGAAACAAUUCAACAAAAUCAGCAAGAAGUCCACUACAGCUGAUCAGGAAAGUUUCAGGGUGAUCAAGAUAUUGUCUGAAGCCAGAGUGAUUGCCGCCUCCAUUCUGGAAUCCUCAUCGCAUCUCCUGUUGAAGAAAAUUGCCAUGCCAAGUUCCAGCAAGUGGUCUCUUGUGUCCACAGCAUUCCAGAAGAGAAGAGUCGUUUGCGAGGAGGGGCAAUUGCAGGUGUUGGAGUUGGACAUUGUUGAUCUUGAGAGCGGAGUUGAGGCUUUGUUCAGGACAUUGAUCCAGAGCAGAGUUUCUCUUCUGAAUGCUCUUAGCUUGUAGUUAGAUCAUACAACAACUCUGACCCCCUGUGAUUAGCAUCCACCUUUUAGAGGAUCUGCUGAUUAUCGAAACAAAUUUUGAUGUAUAUAUGAGAGAAAGUGUACAGAAAAGUACUCAAUUGAGAAGCAAAGCUUUUGGCCCA